AUGCGGAAGGAAAAUGAUGGCAAUGGGGCGGAUUUGGAUCGGAAAGGUUCCUCUGCCCACGAUACCGCCAGACAAUUCCCCCCUUCCCCUCCAGUUACCUAUUUAAGGCAGGGCGGGCCAGCACAAUCUGAUUACACAUCUGAAUCACGUUCAUCCACGAGCAAAUCAACCAUUGAUGAACCGUCAAGUUCAUAUUUUCUGCAUCAUUCGGACAGUCCAGGCUUGUUACUGGUUUCUCAGCCACUUACAGGAGAUAAUUAUGCCUCCUGGAGUUGUGCCAUGAUGAUCGCCCUUUCGGUGAAGAAUAAACUGCCACUCAUUGAUGGAUCAUUAAAGAAACCGAAGGAUACGAAUCCUGACCUGAUUAAUUCGUGGAUCCGAAAUAAUAACAUGGUGAUGUCAUGUAUCCUCAACUCAGUUUCAAAGGACAUUUCAGCAAGUGUUAUACAUGCAUCUACUGCUCACGAGAUCUGGAAUGACCUAAAGGAGAGAUUUCAGUAG